AUGGCCGACCGCGUCUUGGACAAGGCCGGGCCUGGUCGCCAGCGCCGCCUGCCCGCCUUCCUGGACCACUUCACCCCCCGCGAUCUCAAGAUCUUCUUCCGCUGCUGGGUCGCCGUCUGGGUGGCAUCGCUGCUGAUCUUCAUUAACCCCGUCGCGUCCAAUUUCGGACAGGCCACGUUCUUCGCCUGCAUGGUUCUGUUCAUGCUCCCCCCUUCCGGUGUCCUGUUCGUGUAUAUCCUCGGAUCGCUGUCGCUGUUUGUCGGAAUCUGUCUCGCCUGGGCAUGGGGCGUUAUCGCCUUGAAGGCUGCGCUGGCUGCAAGACCGGACGCCGACACCCAGGCCAGACUCGCUGCCCUGCAACAGGCUGCCGCUGCUGAAGCGCAGGAGACGGGAGAGUCGGUCAGCAGUAUUGCGCAGCGCUUGGUGUAUAAUGGGUGGAUGCUGGAUGCGCGCGUUACGUCCAUUCUCUUCUGCAUGAUGUGUCUCUUCAUCUACUUCAUGGCGCGCCUUCGAGCAGCGAAUCCCAAGACCGCAUUGACCUCUAUUUUUGGAAUUAUCAUCGCUGAUUUGUUUCUCUGCUACGGCCCCGUUCUGCCCUCCUUCAAUGGAAAUCUGCCGUUGUCCCUGGUGAAACCGGCCGCUGCAGGUGUUGGGCUCGGCGUCGCUUGUUCGAUUCUAUUCUUUCCCCGUUCCAGCUCGGAUAUUAUCCGCGAGGGCAUGGAGGAUCUGCUCGAGCUGCUCAAGUCAUCGCUGCAGUUCUCCCACUCGUCGCUGGGCAAGAGCGAGGAUCCGGAUCUCAAAGAUCUCCAAAACCGGCGGACCAAGAUCAUCGAGCAAUACCGACUCCUGGAGCCCUCCUUUGCGUUCUUACCACUCGACUUCCAUAUUGGGAGCUGGGGGCCUGAAGCGGUCGGUACGUUCAGAGAGCCCGUUCGACAUCUCGUGGCUGCGAUCCUGGCGCUGGCAGACUUCCACAAAGGCACGGCCGAGAGCCGGAUGUACGCCCAGCAGCUGCGAGAGUCGUCGAUCAAAGACUCCGAGAGCGAUCUAGAUGAAAAGAAAGAGCGCAAGGUCGGCGUACAUCAUCGGUCGCAGCUGGCCGAGUUGGUCAACCAGUUGCAAUACACCGAGCGUCACUCCAUCAACGAAAGCAUCGCAAACCAGCUGACUGACCUCAGCGGCAAAGCGAUGGAAACCUGCCUGGAGGGACUGAGCGUCAUCAGUGAGUGCGUUCAAUUCGUCGGCCGCCAGCGGUGGUAUCACAAGGCGCCGCCUGCAAGACACGAAGAACUGUUUCAGCAGACCAAGACCGUCCUCCAGGAUCUGCAGCAGACGAGAACAGCCUUUCUAGCUGAGAUGACGCAGGCUCUACUCGACGCAUAUGGGCCGGCGCUGGACAAUUUCAACCAAGGCGAGAACAACCGCGCAGCCCACCUGGCGGGGAUCAUCCUCUGCAUGAACUUCCAGGAGCACAUGAGCAACGCGAUGGACAAGACCGAGGUCUUGCUGGACCGCAUCUCAAGCGUCUUCCCGCACGCCUCUCGGACUCGCUUCUUCGUCCCAACGAGUCUGAAAUACGCCGGCCGGUGGCUGCUCGGGAGGAAGAACAAGGCGCCCAACAUGGCGCCGACAAGUGAGAACCUCGACGACCCGAAUGAAGCUCCAGAGGGAGAUGCCACGCAGGCUGCGCAGGAGAAGCUGCGCGUCCGUCGCGGGUAUCGGCCUAGGGCGCGCCAUCCCCUGGGCAGGGCCAUUCUGGGCAUCUACCACUGGCUGACCUCCGACGAGGGAAUGUUUGCUCUGCGCAUGGUGGUCGUCACGAUCGCCGUCGCUAUUUCAGCGGUCCUUCCGAACACCGCUGGCUUCUUCUACCGCGAACGAGGAUUCUGGGCCCUGAUCAUGGCCCAGACGGGGCUCCUAGUCUACAUGGCCGACUUCACAUUCUCCGUGCUUGCGCGAGUCAUUGGCACGAUCGCAGGAGGAGUCCUGGGUUUGGUCGCCUGGUAUAUUGGCUCUGGCCAUGGACCGGGCAAUCCAUAUGGCUUGUCUGCUGCAAUGGCUGUUCUGCUCGUUAUCUUUCUUUGGAUCCGACUGUAUUCACCGCCGGUGUUCCUUCAAGGGGCCAUCAUGAGUGCCGCGACGUUCCUGCUGGUCGUUGCCUACAGCUACGUCGAUACACACACUCCUGCCUACGGCCAACCCGGAGUCGGAUACCAGGUCUUCUGGCGCCGCCUCCUCCUCGUCCUCAUUGGAAUCGGCGCAGCGACCAUCGUCCAGAUGCUCCCUCGCCCUCCUUCAGCAGCUCGCCACAUCUGCAACUCGCUUUCCCGAUCCCUCCGCACCUUGUCCGAUCACUACGCCCUCCUCCUCUCCUGCUGGGGCCGAGCCGGCGACGAAGGCAAAACCAUCUCCGAACCCAUCUGGCUGGAGCUCACGGAAUCGCUUGUUCUCCUCGAAGGCCCGAUCUUCAAUCUACGCUUCGAGUUCUCCAGCUCUCGCUUCGAUUCCGCCAGUCUAGGACAGGUCAAGCAGAUCUGCCACGCCAUUAACGGUUUGCUUUCUCGGCUUCUUGUUGCGUCGGCGUCACUGCCGCAAUCCUACAAGGACCGUCUGGCCAGCCACAUGGGCAUGCUGGAUCAUCGCUGCAUCGGCGAGAUCAUGGCCGUGCUGGGCGUCGCGGAGCAGUCUCUCCGGACAGGCGAUGCGCCACCCGAGAUCCUCCCGACGCCGCUUGUCCGGCGGGCGCUGGAGUACUCGCACGCGCAUCACAUGGACCGUCCUGUCCUCAGCGCUGAGAUGAUCCGGGAUGAGGACUAUCGGCGGUACUGCGUUGCGCUGGCGGCGUAUGUUUCGUUCCUCGGCCAGAUUGAUGGGUUGGUGCUUGUGAUUAAGGGCGUUUUAGGCGAGGCGCAUUUGGUGAGUCGGGAGUUGGUUGAUUUGGUGUGA